AUGACAUACAACCUCUGCUAGUCCCAUACAGGAAGUGAAUCGUCAUCCAACAGCAGGAAGGAGAUGCUUCCCAAACCCAUCACCAUAGUGACAAGCGAGUCGUCCUCUACCUGCUUCGUGCGGCCGGAAGAGUUUGGUUUUGGAUCCAGCCAUGCUGUCACCACUCAAACACCUGCUCAGAUCCACACCAGGCCAGGACAGCUCUCGCAAAUGACGGCCGUGUUGAAUCCCCCAGCACCCCCACCCCCACCUCCUGCUCCGCCUACUCCUCCUGUGGGUCCCCCAGCCUCAUCUCCUCUGUCACCCCUCUCGCCCACCAUUUCUCUGCUGGAGGAGGGAGACCUGCAAAGUGUAGAUCCUUGCAAGGACCUGUGGGGUUCCCGCGGUUAUGAGGACUACCGACGGGCGGGGGCCACCAGGACUAUGGUCGGGGGGCUGACUGGGGGUGUGGUUGUCGGCGGCGGAGGGAGUCUGCAGGACAAGUCAGAGCUAUGUGUGGUUCGCUUCGAGAAGGAGCUGGCGGGAGUGGGGACAGCAGGCUGCGACGUAACAGUGAGCCUGGACAGUAAGGCUUCCCAGCGUCUGUCCUCGUCGUCGCCCACCUGCAUGUCAAUGCCCAACGCUGUGUCAGGCGUGUCCUCAGGUGCCGGUUCACCCCAGGAGACGGGCAAAGGCUCACCCUCUCCCUGCUGCAUACACACUUCACUGGCCACGCCCCGAUCGCGGACUCGUAAGAGAGGAGGAGGGGCCAGCAGCGGCGGCGAUCCGGGGGUAAUCUCCCCCGACGAUGACAGCCCAUGUCCUCAGGCCUCGUCGUCGUGCUCAUCUCGUUGUGUGUACUGCCGCUCGGUUUUCAGUGCUUCGGAGAAUGGGCGGGGCCGCUGCAGAGAUGCUCCGGACCCGGCCCUGCACUGCCUGCGCCAGUGGACCUGUGUGUGGUGCGCAGAGAGUCUGCUCUACCACUGCAUGUCAGACUCUGAGGGAGAGUUCUGGGAGCCUUGCUCGUGUGAUGACUCACUGGGGGGCCACCCGCACCCCCUUUGCUGUGCCCGCUGGUUGGCCCUCCUGGCCCUGUCACUCUUCGUGCCCUGCAUGUGCUGCUACUUGCCUUUGCGCGCCUGCCUGCGGUGUGGGGAGAGGUGUGGCUGCUGUGGGGGAAAGCACAAGGCGGUCCGAUGAGACCAGGCUCGGGGGUGGGAGGGGUUCCUCGGACCCAGGGGCUUUGGGUGUUGAGAUAAGAGAGCAUCUGUAGGGAUGCAGGAGGUGGAGUUUCGAAGGUGGAACAGUGCUCUCAGUAGACCCAGACCUCUGACGUGGCCCUCCAAAGCCCCACGGCCUUCCACUGCAUUCCGCUCUUUCUCUUUUCAACCUGGGGCCUUCCUCACUGGUCCAUGCCUGCAGAAGGUGCGCUGCACUCAGACCAGGCUCUGUGGGAGUCAUCUGGAGCCUUCAUAGUGGAUUUACUGAGGGUCGGCUAAUCUACAGUUAGCGGUCAGAGACUUUACCGAAGGAAGAGAGUGGCAGAGGCAACGACGAUGUGUACACUGUUUCAAAUGUCCGUUUUUUUUAUUUAGAAAGAAAAACACAAAAAACAAAAGAUGUUUAUAUAUAUGAUUGUUAUAAUUUUAAUUGGUAUAUUUUAUUAAGUGUAAAACAUAUUGACAGAAUCCCCCAAUGGCACACACUACCACGUAUUCACAAACAUGAGAUCUUGGGGAAGUUAUUUGUUUCAUGUUGGCCUGUUUAUCAGUCAGAUGAACAGAGGUCACCCUUUACCUCUAACUUUACCUCAGAUGUAACUCAAGCCCUGGUUAAAGAAAGGAAAAAGAGGAGGGGAGAGAGAAGUUUGGAGAGAAAGAGUGCAGUCAUCAAGAAAGAAUGAGCAUCUGAGACCACUAGUGUUGUGUUUUGGUUAAAGUGGUAGACCACAGUGGAAGAAAGGUUAUCAAAUGCAAAGGGACAAUUAUUAGUAAGGGAAGUUGCAAUGACAACCACAAAGACUUAAAAGUCAUAAUGUGAUUCAUUAUGGUCCUUUGUAACCAUAACGAGGUUACAGUAUUUUUGUUUUCUGAAGAAAAAAAAAAAAAGAGAAAAUCAAGAAUGUGUGUCGAACAUUAAACACCCACACUUUACACAGAUUUUUCAUCUCUCCAUGUAUUUUUAAAGUAUUAAUCAUUGAAAACAUCACAUCCCAACCACUGUACUUGUUGAAUCAGUCAAGGUGCUAACGUACACAACGACCAUGCAGUCCCGACCCCAAAGAAAAACAAAACAGGGCCCCAUGCUAACCAAUCUGUAGACGUGUCUAGGCCUUCGAAUGAGACGCCACCAAAAAAAAAAUUAAGUGCAAUGAACAAUGUAUUGAAAGAGUAUUUUUGUACCAGUCACUCACUUUAGGAAAAAGCUAAGUGGAAAUUGAAAAAAGUGUGGGAACUGAAUACUGUAGUGUGUUAUUGUGUUUGAUAUCAAGCAAGAAAAUAUAAAUAGGAACACAAAAUUGUCUUUGAGCAGCAGCACGUGGCUCACAGGUGUGGCGUUUUUAAACGUGCGUGCUGUAGACUGUUGACCCUGUGAUAAGAAAAGAGACACAUUGACUUGAAAACAGAUGAAUGGAUCAAGGUAUUUGUUUGGGCACAGUGGCAGAUGUGUUUGCUGAAUGUUGCUUUAAGUAUGAAGCUGAAAAAGCUGCUAUUUUAAGUCCCGGCCUCUAACUCUAUUCAAACUUUUCCCGCUGCCUCUUAGCAAUCUAUAAGGUGGUGCAACAGAGUCAGAAACAAUCCUUCAAGUUGUUAAUUCCACCCAAGUUACUGAGGAUGCUAAACAGUGUGUGAAGAAAGUUUUUGUCAGUUGGACUAAAAGAUAAAUUCAACCCAAGACAUUUUAAAACGCCUCUGGUGAUGUAUAUUGCAUUUCUUUGUCUAUUUUGCCGAUUGGUAAAAGGUAGAUUAAAAUAUAUUCCCAUCACAGCUGCAACAAAUUUUAUUACCAAUGUUAAAAUGUCAACAUAAACAUCAGGUUUUGGUGUUAAUCCCUCAGAAUCAAAGUACAAGAGCCUCUUGCACAGCCUCCAUUUUGCACCAGUGUUUAACAAUCAUGCAGGGUGAAAUGUAGUAGUACUGAAACAGCAGAGACACCAGUUUCUCUACUGAAAGUUGCCUCUUGACCAAUAUGCAGUGCAGCCACAAGAUAUUUUUGGGUAAAGUGGUCCAAUUCUCAUUUUUUUUCAACCCUAAACUCGGGCUCUGCUAUUCCUGACAGUGUUGUUAUUGGCGCCUUUACCUACACGAAGAACCAACCGCUGAAUGCAAGAAGCUUGUGUCUGGUUUUCUGUGAUCAGACGGCUAGGUAGAAGUUAAUUACACAGGUUGAGUAAAAGUGGGAACACUAAAACAACAAAAUAACUCAUGAAAUGCACUGAUCAUCCCAGAUGGAUGAUAUCUUAACAGUGUAAGAGAAUCUGAGGGGAGGUUUCUCUGUUCUAUCCAGAGGUAUUCUCCUUUUAAAAUGAAAGAAAUGUAUAAGGAAACCGUUGUUUACAAGCUAUAUUACAGUGUCAUGUCUCAAAUGAAGAAUCACCUGAUAGACCUUGAAUUAUGGCAGAAUGAACCUUUCAGAAGCUUCACCGGAUUAUUUACAUUUUAGGUUUAGCCAAGAAAUUUUUUAUCCCAAGUGACUUAAAGUGAAUGAACAGGCAGCAGGGUUCAGAGCCAGGACACACGACUGCUGAUGAAUACAACCCUUGACGUCCCAGUUAGGGGGCAGUCAUCUUCACUACUAGGCCAGCCUUCCAACAAUGUUGGUCCACUUUAAAAAAAAAAAAAAAAAAAAAAAAAAAAAAAAAAAAAAAUCCUGUCACAAUGGCAGGAAACACAAACCCAGUCGGUCACUGGACUGCCAUUCCCUGAUCCUAAAUUAACCCUCCAUUCCCCACACUACCCCCCCCCCCCACACACACACACACACACACAUAUCAGCAAUGCGUAGACCUGCACACACACACAUACACAAGUUCACUCGAUGGUGCAGAUAUACAGAACCAGUAAAGCCAUUGCACACAGUUUGCUACUUCUGGUUCAGAAAUGGUGUUAGAGUACAGUACUGACAGUCAUGCGAUCACAAUUGCAGGCCCCAUUCUUACAUCUUAAUAAAUGUGCCUUUUGAUUUGAGUAAUCAAUAACUUAUGAUUUCUAAGUAACUCUGUAUUAAGUACUAUUUACUUUUUGGGUUAUUGAUUUCUGCCAAUGUGCAUAUUUUCAAAUGUACGUAUUUAUUAGUUUCAAAGUAAUUAAUGAGAUAUUACCUGUUUAUUUAUUUAUUGAGAUAUUUAUUCUGAUUCUUUAUUUUUUUGAGACAGGUUUUUAUCUUCCGUGCUGUCUUACUUCUGACUUUGUGCCAAUGUGCUGCUUUGAGGUGUUACAUAUCGUGGGUUUGUAUCAUUAUUAAACCCUCACUCUAUAUUUUAAAACCGGUGUUUUCUUCUCUCUCUCUCUCUCAUGUGUCAUUUACUCACUGUGCCUUUUUCAAAAAACACUGUAUGAAAAGUUGUAUUCUAUAAUAAUUUCUUAAUGCCGUCUAAAAGACAUUCAGUCCAUAAAUGUGUUCGUCAUAUGUUUAAAGUUUGGAAGAGUGUUUUCUCCAAAUGUGGACAUCUAUUGGAAGAGAACUAUGCAGAAGACAACAGCCAAUAUAUCUAAUGAACAUCA